GCACCUGUAUAGAAACUUCCCAUAGAAAUAUCUCCAUCUCUACUUCUUCCCAUUGUUGAUUUGUCCGCUAUAAAUACGAUUAUUACGAGGAGAAACAGGUACCAGACGUAGAGGAGGAGACAAAGAAGGCUACUGCUGCUGCUGCUUCUGCCUCCUUUUGUCCGCUUCUCUUCCUCUUCGCCUUCCUCAUCAUUCACCCGUCCCCUUUUUGCUCGAUAAAGUAGCGGAGGAAGGAGUGGCGGGCAGAUAAAGGAGCCAUGGGAAGGGUUCCCUGCUCCGCCCUCCUUCUUGUGCUUGCGGUGGCGGCCUCCUGCCUCUGGGGAGCGAAGCAAGCGUCGGGCGACAGCGGGAAGGACAUGCUCGACGUCUCCAAGCUCGAGAGGUUCGUCGACGAGCUCCCCGACAUGCCCCGGCUGCAGGGAUACGGCGUCAAGGAUGACCUUUUGCUCCCCGGCAACCUCACCGUCGGCAUGUACGAGAAGUUCUGGAAAUUCCACCGCGACCUGCCGCCCACACGCGUCUUCGCUUACGGGCUUAGCCAGGACUCGGCGACGGUGCCGGGCCCCACGAUCGAGGCCAUCCGAGGCGUCCCCACCCACGUGACGUGGACAAACCACCUCCCUCUUCGCCACAUCCUCCCGUGGGACCCCACCAUCCCCACCGCCAGGUCCAGCUCCGGCGGCGUCCCCACCGUCGUCCAUCUCCACGGCGGCGUCCAACCCCCCGCCUCCGACGGCAGCGCUAUCGCCUGGUUCACCGCCGACUUCGCCGCCGUCGGCCCCGCCUUUGCUGGCUCCUCUCUCGUCUACUUCAACCGGCAGCCACCCGGCUGCCUCUGGUACCAUGAUCAUGCCAUGGGGCUCACCCGCGCCAACCUCCUCGCCGGCCUCUUCGGCGUUUACACCAUCCGUUCGCCGGAGCUCGAGCGGCCCCUCGGCCUCCCCUACGGCCCCACCUUCGAUCGCUCCCUCGUCCUCUUCGACCGCGCCUUCCGCACCGACGGCUCCAUCUACAUGAACACCACCGGAAACAACCCCAGUAUCCACCCGCAGUGGCAGCCCGAGUACUUCGGCACCGCCAUCAUCGUCAAUGGCAAGGCCUGGCCCUUCCUCCGCGUCAGCCGCCGGCGGUACCGCUUCCGCAUCAUCAACUCCAGCAACGCCCGCUUCUUCCGCCUCUUCUUCUCCAGCGACUCCGGCCUCCGCUUUCUCCACCUCGGUUCCGACGCCAACUACCUCCCCCGCCCCGUCCACUCCCGCAAGUUCCUCCUUGCGCCGUCGGAGAUUGCCGACGUGAUCAUCGACUUCUCGGAGGCCUCAGCCAGCGCCGUCGUCCUUACCAACGACGCGCCAUACCCGUACCCCUCGGGCGACCCCACGGACGAGCUCAACGGAAAGGUGAUGAGGUUCGUGAUCGCGCCCGAGAGGGAGGACGACCCGUCGCGCGUGCCGAGGCGGCUGCUGACGCUGCCGCGGCCAUCGGUGCACCGGGCGGCUGCGACGAGGUACAUCGCCAUGUACGAAUACGAGACGGCCAGCGGGGAGCCGACGCACCUGUACCUGAACGGGAAGCCGUUCGAGGCGCCGGCAACGGAGACGCCCAAGGCUGGGACCAGCGAGGUAUGGGAGGUGAUCAACCUGACGGAGGACAACCACCCGCUGCACAUCCACCUGGCGUCGUUCGUGGUGCUGGAGCAGAGGGAGCUGGUGGAGCUGGAGGAGUUCAAGGCGUGCAUGCAUAAGGCGAACGACGCAGCGGCCUGCAAGGUGGAGGAGCACCUCAAGGGGGGGAGGCGGCGGCGCGUCCCCCGGUACGAGCAGGGGUGGAAGAACGUGUUCAAGAUGAGGCCGGGAGUAGCGACGCGGAUCCUGGUGCGCUUCGCCCCACUCGACGGUGGCACCUACGCUUUCGACGUCACAGCCGAGCCCGGAUACGUCUACCACUGCCACAUAUUGGAUCAUGAAGACAAUGUGAUGAUGAGGCCUUUAAAGCUUGUUUACUGAUGAGGCAGCAGAAGGAAGCUGGUGGAGCAAUGAAGGAAGCAAGUGGCAUCUGAAAUACUAAUGUUUACUUGACAAUAGCUUCUGUGUUGGGACUAAAACUAGUCUGGCUGAAGUUGUUUAAAGGCCUUUUUUGUUCCUCAAGCGUUUUAAAGGUUCUCUUUCAUGGA